AUGCUAAUGGAAUGUAUUGAAUAUUUGCUAAUCUUCAUGUCUUUAACAGGAGCUAACGAACUGCGCAUUGACCUCCGAGAUUUUGAAAAUAACCAUGUGUUUGCCAAGUACAAGUCAUUCAAAAUUUUACACGAGACUGAGAAAUACAAGCUGAUUCUAGGAGACUUUAUUAACAGCACUGCAGGUAGGUGGUUGCCUCAUUCUCCAGUGAUUAUACCAGAGGGAGCACAUGCAAAUAGUGCUAAAAUUUCCGAUCCAGAUAACCCAGAAAUACAACCUACACCGAGAAGGUUCAGAAGUGAUUCAUUAGCAGCUCACAGGAACAUGUUCUUUACAACAAAAGACCGUGAUAAUGAUCCCUCUUCCAUUAAUUGUGCUACACUUUACAAGGGGGCCUGGUGGUACAGUAGUUGUCAUGACUCAAACCUCAAUGGGAGGUAUUGGCUGGGAGCCCAUAAUAGCAGCGGAGAUGGUAUAAACUGGCAUGCCAGCAGAGGCAGCAAAUAUUCCUUCAAACUCUCAGAAAUGAAAUUUCGGCCUGUUCAGCAAUGGUGAGCUCGCAGCACAUGUUCCUCCUGCUUUCCCAGGCGUCCGUUUGCAGUGAGCACAUGUGGCAAAAACUGCAGAGAGGAACCAGCCAAAACUACCGGCCAUAGGAGCAGCUGCAGGAGCUGCCAAAACAGGGGCCUUCAGCCAUUCACAGAACUACCCGUUUCUCUGCCCUCUGCUGAUUUUUCUUUUGGCCACAACCCUUUCCUAAGUCUCUUAACCUCACCAUCACACUUAUUCCUCUUACCCCUUUCCCUAACCCUGCCCCUGACCCUCCUUUCCUGCAGUGUCCCCUCUCCCUUCCCCUUUCUUUCCAUUUAGCUGAUCCCCUCCUAACUGAACACCCCCUCUCCCCGCAACAACAAACAAAUCAUGUCACUAAAAUGACAUUUGCUGCCAUUGCAUUGUUCACUCUGCCUGUGUGUUCAAGCCCUUCCCCCACCCCGUGUCUGACCUGUCAGUGUAGCUUGUGAGCUCUUCUGGGCAGGGACUGUCUGAGCUCUUCAGGGCUGAGCACUCUUGUACAGGGAGAUUUUGGCAAACCAGUGAAAUGCCUGAAACCACUAUUGCUAAGAG